UUUUUUUUUUGAGACCGGGCUGCUCCGAACCCCGCAAACACGAUAAGAUUUCUGUAAUAUUAUAUUAAAUAGUAAAUACCAAAUAAAUGAUAAUACAAGUGAAAGUAAACGAGUUUAAUUGCCGAAACACAUAAUCGACAACAAUUGGCGACCGAAGGAAUUUUCUAAUCUGCAAAUUACAAUAUGGAUUCCAAGGUAGAUUCCAAGACAAAGGAACGUGAUCAAAUGAGAAGACAAUUCACAAGGACAUCGAAAAAACUCGAAGACUAUAUCAAAAACACGGAAAUAUCAUCGGCGAUUAUAGAAUACGAAUAUUUGAAAGAAUGUACAGAAAAAAUAAAAAUGUUAGACAACGUGAUUGCGGAAAAAAUGAUAGAUGGCGACGAACACGUUUAUAACGAAGAGUGUGACCAAGCAGCAAACUUUAGGAAAAUCUACCUAACACUUAAGUAUAAAAUGGAUAAAUUAAUCCAAUCGAAAUUCACUAAGGAAACAACUACGUCAAAUUUAAAUUUACCAAAAAUUGAAUUAUUAAAAUUUGAUGAUGACCCACGCAAGUGGAUUGCGUUCUGGGGUCAAUUUAAGAAGAUACAUGAAUCGAACACAUUGCAACCUGAAGACAAAUUCCAAUACCUGCUACAAGGGCUGAAGGAGGGCUCUAAGGCAAAAAUGUUAGUCAGCAGCUUUCCAUCAUCGGCAGCCAACUACAUAAAAGCAAUUGAAGAAUUGAAGGAUAGGUUUGCAAAAGAAGAGGUACUGAUACAAGUUUACAUUAGGGAACUUUUAAAUUUAAUAUCAAGUUCGAAAACCUUUAAAUUUGACUUGUUAACGUUAUAUGACAAAUUGUCUACUUAUAUAUUGGCCUUAGAUUCUUUAAAUGUAACCAAAGAUAAAUAUGAGGUAAUUUUAUAUCCAAUUGUGGAAUCCAUAAUACCAGAAAACAUUUUGAUUGCAUAUAAUAGGUCAAAUUUAUCUACAAAACGACUGGCACAUCUUCUAGAUUUUCUUAAACGUGAGGUUGAAUCCGAGGAAAAUAUCCGUAUGGCAAGGGCUAAUUACACUUUUACAGAUAUGACAACAUCUCAACAGAACACGAACCAAGAAUUAAUUCCAACGGCGGCGUGCAUUGUCUCCAAUGUAAGCAAAGAAAGGCAUACACAAGACAUUGAUAGUAACAGUCAGCUAUAACGGGAGAAACAUGAAAGUUAGAGCGUUGUUGGACAGCGGUUCGCAAAGGUCGUACGUCAAGAGUUCGGUAGCAAAAGAAUUGAAGCUAGAGAAGGUAGGAACAGAAAACAUUAAACACACAUUGUUCGGAGGUACCACGGGACCCGCUCGAGUCUACAAUCAGAGAAAGUUAAACGUAAGUAAUAUAGAUAACUCAUUCUCUUUUCAGAUGUUAGUACUGGAGCAACCAAACUUGUGUGGGAGCCUACCUAGUAUAAAGGAUGAUGCAACUUUGUUGCAAGAAUUAAAAAGCCAUAAUAUUCAGAUCAAUGACAAGAACAUUGAAAUAGGGCUUUUGAUAGGUUCAGAUUACUUUGGGUCCAUAAUGACAAAUAAUUUGUUUUCCAUUAAUAAAAGCUUGCUAGCAGUGGAGACAAAAUUAGGAUGGACAAUACAAGGACCUACACAAAUGAAUGAUUCCACCGUGAACAAUGUCAGUGUGUCAUACGUGUCACAAUCAGAUAUUUGUAAUUUAUGGAAUAUUGAGCUGUUAGGCAUUAGAGACCCCUAUGAAAAACAGGAAAAAGAAGUGAUCAAAGCAGAAAUAUUAAAAUGUUUUAAUAAUAAUAUUUCAGUAAAUGAAGAUGGCCGCUAUGAAGUAUCUCUGUUAUGGAAGGAAGGGUGUCCAGAGCCUGACGCAAACUACGACGUAGCGCAAAAACGACUGCAGAGCACUACGAGAAAACUUAUAAAAACAGUCGAGAGAAAUAAUGGCGAUGGCGAAAUUCGACCUACGUGGCUGGGUUACUGCUCCUGAAAGAAUGGAAGGAGCUGUGAAAGACACCCACGUGCUGGGAUUAACGUGGAAUACCGAAGAGGACACUUUAUGCUGUAACAUCAAUUCUAAUGAAAACUAUAAAGGAAAAAUCACAAAGAGAUAUUUACUGUCCGUGACACAGCAAAUUUUCGACCCUCUAGGAAUCGUCUGCCCGGCGACAGUUGUACCUAAGCGCCUACUCCAAAAAGUAUGGAAAAGAAAAUUCGACUGGGAUGAAGAAAUAUGUCCAGAGCUAGCACGUGAAUUCAAGAUAUGGCAAAGUACAAUACAUCUACUAAAGAAAUGCAAAAUACCUAGACGGUUAACAGCAGCACCAAUUAAGAAGUGUAAUAAUAGCAUCCACACUUUUUCAGAUGCAAGUGAAGACGCAUAUGCGGCCUGUGUAUACCUGCGGACUGAACAGGAAGGCAAGGUGCAUGUACAACUCAUAAUAGCUAAAAGCAGAAUCGCCCCAGCGAAUAAGAAGAUGUCUUUGCCACGGUUGGAGUUGAUGGGGGCUGUGAUAGCCUCGCGACUGUACAGAGAGGUCAUUGACAGUGGACUCAUGACACCAGAAACAAAUUAUAAUUCUUAUUUUUGGACAGAUUCGACCGUAGUGCUUGCAUGGGUAAAACAACAGCGUCAAUGGAAACCAUUUGUAAGCAAUAGAGUAAAAGAGAUAUCAAGAAACUCAGAUAUAGACUCAUGGAAUCAUAUAUCGGGGGAUUGUAAUCCUGCGGACCUGCCUUCUCGCGGUUGCAAUGCAAAUGCGCUGCUCGAGAAGCGUUGGUGGGAAGGACCGACGUGGUUGCGUAACAGGCAGGAUUGCUGGCCCAUAUCAAGUUCAAUACAGGCUAAACCAAAUGAAGAAAUUGUAAGAAAAGAAGAAAAAUCACAGUCUCACGUAAACAUGUCUGUUACUGAACCUCUGUUUAGUAAGAGGUUGUUGUAUUUUUCAAAAUACAACAAAAUAAUCAGAUUGGUAGCAUGGUUACUUCGUUGGAAUCCUAAGGUAAGGAGACAAUUUGCCGUAGCUAGCGACUUGUCUAACGACGAGUGUGUGUAUGCGGAAAAAACAUUAUUUAAAUUGUUACAGAAGGAGGAUUUCGCCGGGGGACAUUUACCAAACAACUUCAAGACACGACAAGGCAGCGACGGUGUACUUAGAGUCAAGACAAGACUGGAACUAAGUCACGAACACAAAGAUUUCGUAAACCCGAUACUGUUAUCUGGAAAAAACGAAAUCGUGAGACGGUUCGUACGACAGCGACACGAGAUUCUACAACACGCAGGGACACAGACUUUAAUGUCUAGCAUCAGAAAUGAAUUCUGGGUUUUAGGCAUAAGACGUCUCGCAAAAAGAGUUGUUUCAGAAUGUGUCAUCUGCAAGAAGUACAAAUGUAAACAUUACGAAGUUCCAGAGGCACCCCUGCCCACAGACAGAGUGGAAAGUGUGACGGCCUUCCAGACUACAGGCAUAGAUUUUGCGGGACCGUUGGUUCUACGAAAUCAGACGAAAUGUUGGAUCGCUCUAUUCACGUGUGCGACAUAUAGAGCAGUACACCUCGAACUAGUGGAGUCAUUGUCAACAAACAGCUUCAUAAUGGCACUACGAAGAUUCAUUGCUCGAAGAGGACGAAUACAAGUCAUAUACACGGACAAUGGAACAAAUUUUCAAGGUACUGCUAACUUGUUAAAUAAUGUGGAUUGGAAGGAAGUCGAAGUUACCACAGCCGUACUACCACAGCCGAUAAAAUGGAAGUUCAUCCCGCCCGCUUCUCCUUGGUGGGGAGGAUGGUGGGAACGUCUGGUGCGCGUCAUGAAGGAAAUGCUACGUCGGAUAUUGGGAAAAGCGUCAUUAUCAUGGAUAGAGCUGACCACCCUGCUAUGUGAAUGUGAGUCGGUUAUGAAUAACCGUCCCUUGACGUAUAUAGCUACAGACGACGACACGCCACGCCCCUUGACACCCGCUUUAUUUUUACAGGGACUAUCCACGGCAGAGACACCUGAUUUAGACGUAAUCGAUGCUCACAAUAUGAACAUCAGAUUGCGCUACCUGCAGACCCUGCGGACGGAGUUUCGACAGAGAUUUAGAAAUGAAUAUAUUUCGUUACUUAUUAGCAAGAACAAAGGUAAGUCGAAAUUCCCGUCGGUAGGCGACGUUGUCUUGAUACAGACUGAUGCAGGUCGUCUCUAUUGGCCUCUUGGCAUAAUAAAAGAAUUGGUUACAGGUAACGACGGCAUAACAAGAGUCGCGAAAGUACAGACUGCGAUGGGAGAGAAGAUAAGAAGUUGUCAACGCCUCUACCCAUUAGAAUUGUCGGCAGUCACUGACGAGUGGCAUACACCUACUGUCCCUAAGCAAGGUGAGCCCGACAGUGCUGACUUGCGGGCUGGAUCUAGCUGUGUUCUAGACCCAACUGCAAACUCUCACAUUGACGAGACACCCGCGAUAACAGUGGGUGAUGAGUCACACCCCUCGUCUACCACUACAAGACACGGUAGAGUCGUUAAGCUCCCACGCAGAUUUUUGGACUGAAUAUGUGGUAUGUAGAUCCCUUUCUAAUGUGUAAUAAGCAUAUUGACUUGCCUAUAAAUUUGGUAAAUAACAAAUUUGGUGAAUUUGGACUGUGCCAGUGGUUUUUGUUCUUGAAUUGUCUACGUGACGAGUGAAUUUGGAGAAUCUGACAUUUAUAUUAUGUGUAUGAUCUUUAAUUUCGAAUGGUUAGCCUAUUGGGAAAAUUUAUGACAUGUUUACAAACGAAUAAUGACCUAAUGACUUAAUAAUGAAUAAUUUGAAUGCUAUAGAUUUGUAAUUCAGUACAAACACAUUGUGAGAUUUGUUUAUUUUAACAAUUGUGACGUAGAAUAGUGUAAUAUGUAAAGUUCUAUUUCAGCAUAGGAAGACAUGUUGCACUAGCUUUUCUUUUGUAUGACGUAACCUCUUAGGAUGGUUGAUUUGUUUACCUUUACUUAACAUGUUACAAUGUACUUGUAGCUAUUGUUUUGAUAACUUUGUACUGAUGUAUUACAAUUUGUAAUUUAAUAUAUUUUUGACAAUUUCAAUUUUGUAUUGUAAUCUAGACUUGAAUUGUUAAUUGUAAAAUGGGUCUUAUUUCGUCAUAUUCUGCAGUGGUUUUUUUUAUUGUUUGUUAUUGACAAUGGUUCGGAGUUGCCUACUUAUUCCUUUCUUAUUUCGUGGUUUAGAGGAUGUUGUGAAUUAGUUGUAGUGGCAACACUAGCAUUUAUAAAAAAAAAAAAAAUAUAGAUUGUCAGACUGACGGAUGACAAUUGUCUUUUUUUUUUUGAGACCGGGCUGCUCCGAACCCCGCAAACACGAUAAGAUUUCUGUAAUAUUAUAUUAAAUAGUAAAUACCAAAUAAAUGAUAAUACAAGUGAAAGUAAACGAGUUUAAUUGCCGAAACACAUAAUCGA